AUGACAAAUAUUGUCAACCACAAUCAAAAUGUCUCUUCUGCACUCACUCCUCCUCCUCCUCCUUCUCUCAACACAACAACUACUAUUACAAGGGUUGCUUCUCGGGGCUGUGGCGGUGGAAAUGGAUCGCAAGCUUGUGCGGCGUGCAAAUAUCAAAGGAGAAGGUGCGCGCCGGACUGUUUGUUAGCCCCUUAUUUUCCUGUCGAACGAAACAAGGAAUUUUUGAAUGCUCAUAAGCUUUUCGGUGUUAGUAACCUGUUGAAGUUACUAAGAAACGUUGAGCCGUUUCAGAGAGACAACGCCAUGAAAGCGUUAAUAUUUGAGGCUAAUAUUCGUGCUGGUGAUCCUGUUGGAGGAUGUUACAGAAUUAUUAUGAAUUUGCAACGGCUAAUCAAUCUUUAUGAGACGGAAUUGCAAUUUACUUACAAUGAGAUUUUCCGGGUCCAAGCGGUCGAUAUACAAAAUAAUAUCACUAAUUCUGUUCAAGUAAAUAAUAGUAUUGGUGGAGGAUUCAACCGAUCAGUUAAUAGUAUUGAUGGAUUUGGUGAAUCAACGAAAGGAAUUAUUAGUAUUGGCGGAUUUGGUGAAUCAUCGGGAAUUAAUAGUAUUGACGGAUUCAAUCGAAGUGAGUCAUUAAAUAAUCAAAUAAUUAAAGUAGAGCUACUCGACGAUUUCAACAACGAAUUUGAAAUGAAAGCAGAUGAAUUUGAAACUAAAGUAGCAAUUUCAAGUUCCAAAGGCAAACAAUCUGUGGUUGAAAAUGGGGAUUUCAAACCAUAUUUUGGAAAUAAUUGUAAAGGCAAAGGAGUAGCAAGCGAUGAUGACAAGGUUGUAUCAAAUACAAGAGUUAAUUGA